AUGAAAUGCCAUGUGUUUACAGGAAACUUACGAACCACUUGUUUUUUAAUAUUAUUUCCUUAUUGUCUAUUAAAAUCCAUGAACUGGGACCCGACAAUUUGCUUUGGGUGCAUGUAA